AUGGCUUCCCCUUACACCCUCCGCAAGGUUGGUGCUCCCAACACUUUGGAGCACCGUGUCUACAUCGAGAAGGAUGGUGUCCCCGUGUCCCCCUUCCACGACAUUCCGCUCUACGCCAACCAGGAGCAGACCAUCUUGAACAUGGUUGUUGAGAUCCCCCGCUGGACCAACGCCAAGCUCGAGAUCUCCAAGGAGGAACUCCUCAACCCCAUCAAGCAGGACAUUAAGAAGGGCAAGCUUCGCUACGUCCGCAACUGCUUCCCCCACAAGGGUUACCUCUGGAACUACGGUGCCUUCCCUCAGACCUGGGAGGACCCCAACGCCAUUCACCCCGAGACCAAGGCCAAGGGCGACAACGACCCUCUCGAUGUCUGCGAGAUCGGUGAGCUUGUCGGCUACACCGGCCAGGUCAAGCAGGUCAAGGUCCUCGGUGUCAUGGCCCUGCUCGACGAGGAGGAGACCGACUGGAAGGUCAUCGUUAUCGACGUGAACGACCCCCUGGCUCCCAAGCUCAACGACGUUGAGGACGUCGAGCGCCACCUGCCCGGUCUCCUGCGUGCCACCAACGAGUGGUUCCGCAUCUACAAGAUUCCCGACGGAAAGCCCGAGAACCAGUUCGCCUUCACCGGCGAGUGCAAGAACAAGAGCUACGCCAUGGACGUCGUCCGCGAGUGCGCCGAGGCUUGGGAGAGACUCAUCACCGGCAAGACCCAGGCCGGCAGCGUCUCCACCGCCAACACCACCGUCAGCCAGUCUCCCGCCCGCCUCAGCUCUGACCAGCUCCCUCCUCUGCCCCCUAACCAGGACCUCCCCGCCGAGAAGAUUGACGCUUCCAUUGACAAGUGGUUUUUCAUCAGCGGUGCCUCCGCAUAA